CGUAUCCGGCGCGGGGCGCCCGGCGCUCAUUGGAAGAGUAGGCUGCGAGGGGUAGGACGGCGCGAAGAAGCGUGUGGAGCGCGGGCGAGAUCGCCGUGGAGACACACUUAAGGGAACUCACACCGGAGAACGCAAAGCAGGCUCCACUCGGUCCUAGGUUCUGAGUUACUGAACAACUACCCGGCCAGAAGCGCCGCCUUAGACGUCUCUCAGUGCUGUUCCUGGUGCAGUGAAGCCUCUCCAAGCUCUGGGCUGAUGGUGUGGCCCUGUCACAAAGGAAACCGCGCACCUGGGCUCGGUCACUCUGCUGCACUCGGCUCCCAGGCUGCUCGAGGGGACGACAAGCGCGUCAGAAUUCGUGUCCCUGGGAAUUCGUCCAUCUCUAUGGUCACCCCAUUGAAAAAAUGGAUUUGGAUCAGUUGGACCUGAAUCCUAGAAUUAUUGCUGCAGCUAAGAAAGCCAAACUGAGGUCAGUAAAGGAGGUUCUGCAUCUUUCUGGACCAGACCUGCAGAGACUGACCCGCCUCUCCGGCCCCGACGUGCAGCACUUGCUGAGGGCGGCCUCCUCACACCUGCGGGGAAGCAGCGUCUGCACAGCGCUCCACCUGCUCCAGCAGAAGGAGCAGUUCCCCGAGCAGCACCAGCGCCUGAGCCUGGGCUGCCCCGUGCUGGACGGGCUCCUCCGUGGCGGGCUGCCUCUGGAUGGCAUCACCGAGCUGGCUGGACACAGCUCCGCCGGGAAGACCCAGCUGGCGCUGCAGCUCUGCCUGGCCGUGCAGUUCCCAUGGCGACACGGAGGCCUGGGGGCCGGGGCCGUUUACGUGUGCACAGAGGAUGCCUUCCCCAGCCGGCGUCUGCAGCAGCUCAUCGCUCAGCAACAGUGCCUGCGGACAGACGUCCCAGGGGACGUGGUCAGGAAAAUCAAGUUUGGCCACCAGAUCUUCAUCGAGCACGCAGCCGACGUGGACACCCUGCUGGAGUGUGUGCGUAAGAAGGUGCCUGUGCUGCUGUCACGGGGCACGGCCCGCCUGGUGGUCAUCGACUCCGUGGCAGCCCCGUUCCGUUGUGAGUUCGACCGGGCGGCCUCGGCCCUCAGGGCCCAGCGUCUGCAGGCGCUGGGGGCCGAGCUGCGCCAGCUGAGCUGCACCUUCCGGAGCCCCGUGCUGUGCGUCAACCAGGUGACGGAAUCCGCGGAGGAGCGGGGUGCGGCAGCCGGGCCGCCGGGUGUCGGGGGAGAGCGGGCAUCUCCGGCCCUGGGAAUAACCUGGUCCAACCAGCUCCUGGUGAGGCUGAUGGCUGACCGGCUGCGCCCCGAGGAGGCCGCCUCCACCCCGCCCCGCCGCACCCUGAGGGUGGUCUCCGCCCCCCACCUGCCGCCCUCGUCCUGUUCCUACACGGUCACCGCUGAGGGUGUGCGGGGGACGCCUGGGACCGAGUCCUGCUGACGUGUGGCCCUCCCUCUGGUUAGGGCCCCCUCAGGUACCAGGGGCUGCAGGAAGCCGCCCGGAUGCAGGCCCCUGGGCCCUGGCCCGAUGGGGUCUCCACCUUGACGCCGCAGGCUCCGCAUCCCCUUCCCAAAGCUCCCAACACCCACGCCUCAGGCCACGGUGGGGCCGAGGUCAGACGAGCGCCCACUGGGUGGCCCUCCUCACCCCGUGGUUGGGCUGUCGGCUCCUGGCCGCCAGCACACCCCCCCGGGCCCCGGUCUGGCACGGGGUGGAGAACACACGGCAGGCCAGGCCACAGGGUCCGGGAGAGGCGUCGGGGCGGGGAGACGUGCCCUGUGCGCUGCCCCUGCCACCAGCCCCGGCGAGCACAAGCAGCCGCGGCGCCGGCUUGGCCCAUCUGCCGGGAAAUCCGUUCUGGGCAGACGAGGACUAAUCUAAAAGGAGAGCACGUCCCGCUGUGCCCUCAGCGCCUCCUCCAAGGCUGGCCUGGGGGCGCGUCCACUCUGGCAGGGCACUCCCGCACUCGGGACCUCCCAUCAGCCGGGGUCCUGCUGCAUCUGGCCAGGAACUCCAGAAUCUGAGCAUCUGGGCGUGGCAGCACAAGGCCCCGGGGUCACCAAGGGAUGCGACUGCCCAGUCCCGGCAGGGCUGCGCCACCUUCACCCCCGUCAGGGCCCUGCCUUCGCCCCCUCCCACUGCUGCCCGGCACACAGCAGCCCCGGCUGGACAGACAUGCCGGGAAGGCACCUUCAGCCCCUGGACUCUCACCAGCGCUUGCUCUUUGCCAGGCACUGCCCUCGGGACUCAUACACGUGACGUCUGUCCUCACAGCCCUGGGGCAGCCUUGUCACUCCACUUUCAGCACUGUGGCCACCCUCCCACAGCUCCAGGAGCUAGACACUGGUCCCAGGCUCCCACGGGCUCACUGGGGCGGGGUGGUAAACCCCUGUCACGGGGCACACGCUCUGUGCACGUCAUUCGAGGACGGGAUUGGUCCAGUUACAACUUUCAUCAUGUUUUCAAAGUGGUCUGUGACCCUAAAAAGAUUGGGUGCCUAACGUUAAACAGGAAAAGGUUCUUUUAGGGUUGGAGUUUUACAAAAGAGCCUUUCCGCAAAAGUACAGGGACUUUAC